GCAACACAGCACGAAACGAAGUAUCUUUUACAAAAACACAAACAGUCACAAAAAAACGUCAAACUCUAAUUCAACCAUUCCAUUCUAUAGGUUUAAUCUUCACCUGUAGAACUUCAAACUCAAAGUGUGAUAAUUCUCAAAUGGGUCUUAGAGUUCAUCUUCUUGUUCUUAUUUUGGUCUCUUUCUCAUUAAGAUGUGAAUCAUGGGGUUGGUUUUCAUCAAAUAAGAAGACUCACUCUAAUGAUAGGUCUUAUGGCAACCAAGGAAGUUUUAGAGGUUCGAGUGCCGAGUUCUCGAUUGAGGCUUUCAAUGAUCCGAAGGGAAUGAAGCUAAUAGAGAAUGCUAAGAACAAAAUGGUUGGAUCAAAUACUUGUUGGCAAAAUGCUUAUCAACAUCUUUUUGCUGGAUGUUCUGAAAUUUUGGCUGCUGAUGAGAAAAGGUCGAGAUUGGCUUGGCAUCUAAGUGAUUGCUUUCAAAGGGAUUCUGGAAGGGUUUCCUUUCCUCGCUGUGACGCAGAAACAUCAAUUGCAACAUGCCUAAGAAACUUAGACGAUCUUGCUCAUAAGGUUUACCUUGAAUUCUACCUCGAAACAAACUCCAUUUGUUAUCAAUUACAGACACAUGCAUUCAAGCAUGAAACUGAGAGACUUGUGACUGAAUUGAAAAGUUCGGCUCAGUAUGUCGAGGAGAAGCUAGAUAACAUUGAAGAAAAAUCAGAUAAUUUGUUACAAGGCUCAAAACAGAUUUUUGAUUCUCUUGAAUCGGUUAAUAGUCACACACAACUAGUUGCUCAAACUGUUAAGAAUGUUGAAACUCAUAUUGAUGUGGUAUUAAGGCACUCUGAAAGUGUUUACGAACAAACGACAAAAAUUGCAGCAUCGCAGUCACAACUUGAAGAAGGUCAAGAAGACAUGAAGAUGAAGUUAGAGGAUGGUGUAGCAUUGCUCAAAGAAUCUUAUAGUUAUUUGGGAAAAGAAAUAGAAAAGUUAAGAGAGGAAGCCAUUGAGAUUGAGAAUGAAGUUAUCAAAGUUGGAGAUACUAUGUCAUCAAAGAUGAACACUCUACAAACCAAAGCGGAAGAUAUUGGAAAUAUUGCAAGGGUUUCCUUAGAAAAACAACAUGAACUUUUAGAUGGGCAAUCCACAGCACUCAAGGGACUAAAUUCAUUGAACGAGGUUCAAUUCAAAGCAUUAGAGGAAAGCAGGAAAAGCCUACAAUAUUUUUCUGAAUAUGGACAUAAGCAACAAGAAGAGCUUUUAAGACGUCAAGAGCAGAUGCAAGGACUUCACGAUCGGUUAAUGGAAAAUUCAAAAACAAUAUUAUCUGCUCAGGAAACUUUUGAGGCAAAACAGGCUACCAUGUUUGUUGCUUUGGAUAAAAUCUUUGCUUUGCAAAAUGCCAUGUUGAUUGAAUCAAGAGUGAUUAAAGCUUUCUUCAUUUAUGCGAUAUCAAUCUUUGUCAUCUUCAUGUUGACUAGCACGAAGCAAACCUACAAUGUUCAACCCUUACUUUAUAUUGAGCUUUGUGUUGCUCUCUUUGUGGAAGUCUUAAUUAUUCGUUUAACGAAUGACGACAUAGAGCAACAGACAUGCAUAAUAAACAAGGUCCGAUUAUUUUUUAAGGUAGCUGCUUCAGCUCAUCUUCUGUAUGCAAUUUUCACAUACAGGGACUAUGAAAGAUUGAACCAUCAAAUGCUCCUAACACUGGUUAAUAAGAUAAACAGCAUGCAAAAAUUGAAGGAGUCAACUUGGGAAUUCGAUACUACUGACUAUGUGGAUUGGUCUCAAUGGGUAGAUACCGAUUUACCUGAUGAUGUAAAUUGCCUUGAUGAUCCGGACUUCGUAAUUCCAGAAGAAGUUGCAGAGAAUUCUAUCACAACCUCCACAACAAAAAGUUAUAACUUACGAGCAGCAAUCGUUUACAUUGAUUAGAUACUUGUAAUAACCUAUGUACAACAAUUUAUUUCAUUAAUAUAUUUUCAUGAUUAUGGAUUAUGUAUACUAAUAAAUAUGUAAUUAUUAAUCUGGUCA